GCUUUGACAAUGACGAAAAUAAAACGGUUCAUUCGGUGGUGCAUUCCAAUUUGUAUUGCAGUCCAAGCGUGCAUUCCAAGCAUCGCAGCUCAAAACGGUGGAAACUGUGCAAUAGAUCCACGUUGCCCGCGGUUCGAUACAGGAGAUUCGGCCGUUCUGGUGCCCCAUCCGGACUGCGGUAAAUUUUACAAGUGUGCUCUCGGGAAAGCCUGCGAGUACAACUGUCCGGCGAAUUUGCACUUCAACCCGAUUCUGCUGACCUGUGACUAUCCCCACGUGGCAUGCUGCAGCCGAGAUGUGGCUUGUACGGGGCCGACGACGCAGGGAUCGAAUCAACCUUCGGGAGGUUCUGGAAUGUACCCGCCUAUUGGAGACAUAACUUCCGGUGGGGAUUGGAUGCCUGGCGCUUUGCAUAACUCCACAUUUGUUGGUUUGGAGGGUCAAAAACCUGUAGUGAAUCCGAGACCAACAGUGAUACAAGAAACGGUUAAUCCGAAUAUCAACAACUUGGGUCAAGGGACACAACAAGUCAUACCUGAGUACAACGGAUCACCAUCAAUUCCAUCGAAACCCUCUGAAGAUAUAUCUCUUGGUCAACCGUCCAUGGGAGGCUUGGGAAAUCCUCCGGACAUUGAUGAAUUUAAUGGUCAAGUAUGGCUCUCAGCCCGGCCAGGGUGUGUAGUGGACAGCCGUUGUUCUUCCAGUGAAGUCCUGAAUUCUGAGAAGCCUCUGUUCUUGAAGCAUUCAAGCUGUGAAAAGUUUUACAUGUGCAGUGGAGGAGAGGCGUGCGAGGUAGACUGUCCACCGGGUCUUCACUUCAACGCCCAACAAUCCCGAUGUGAUUACCAGGAUGCGGCAUGCUGUGACACGUCGAUACCAUGUGCCCGUACCAACUUGGAAGUGCCAAUGAGCAGCUGCAUCCCAGAUGUCAGAUGUUCCCUGUAUGAAAACCCGUUCGAUCCAACUCAUCUGCCCCAUCCGACCAAUUGUAACCGGUUCUACAAGUGCUCGUACGGCAAGGCCUGCGAACUGCCGUGCCCCCAAGGACAACACUUUAGCGUAGCUAUGAAUCGAUGCGAGUUCCCAGAAGUUGCGUGCUGUGACAAAUCCAUAAGAUGCUCGGGACCAUACGCAGUGUCCGACCUUUAUCCGGAAACCCGUGACGAACCAAUAAAACCAGCUGAGCCGAUAGAACCCCGUGAAGAGCCAACAAAGGCACCAAAUGCCCCGACUCCGGAGAGCAUCCGCAUCAACACCUGCUUCGAGGCGCAGCAGUGCCCGGACGGCGACGGCAGGAUGAACCAGCUAAUGAGACACAACGAUUGCACCAAGUUCUUCAGCUGCUUCCAGGGAACCAUCUGCGAGUUUGUCUGCCCGAUCGGGCUGCACUUUAACGAGCGGUCCAAGGUGUGCGACAAGCCGGAGAUUGCUCAGUGCAGUCAGGGUUUUAACUGAAAUGUUUUUUGUACUGUCGAAUAUUGCUCUGUAGCUCUUUAACAUAACAUUACUACAUAAGGCAGAAGUUUCAUGCGAGUUUGCCGACAGCUCUCACAAAAAAAAAAAUUAAAUCGAGCCAUAGUCCUUGUUCCAGUAUCAAUGCGAAUGUAUAUUUGAUACCGAUCCCAGAUUCUCCAAUGCUACAGAGUGAAACAUUUCCGCUCUAUAGAUAAGAUAAAAGCUAUCAAGUUAUUUACGAAUAAAAAGCAACAACUUCA